CCACCGAUAACCCCCCCCCCCCAACCCCAACCGAAUGUGCGACUCUAAUCGUCUCCCCCUUUUUGGACUCCAUGCGUUCCCAUAGCGACCCAGCGGACGACAAAGGCUUUCAAUUGUGGGCGGUCGGUUGCGCCGUGUGUGUGUAAUCCCAACCCGCUGCUGCCAGGUAGCAUUUUAUCACCAGAGUUAUCAGCAAUAUACCUGUGUUGGCCGUGCAUUUCGUAGCGACACCUCUCGAAGUGCCGCGCCCGCCGCGUUGAUUGUUGUGCGUUGCGGGCAAAGAUGGAGUCGGAAGGCUCGAAUGGGUUCAAGCGGAACUCAAUGCGCCAGGGAGUCUACAGCCGCCCUGUGGAACGUCGCCCGAGUAAAAAGUCGUCGUCCAAGGACCGUCACGGCAUGGUUUACCCUGAUAACUUCAGGGAGACCACGAUUCGAACGGUGACCCCGGACUCCGCCGAGCCGGGAAAUCAUUCUCCUUUGUCAGAGGUGGAGCAUCUUCCCCCAAGUGCUGCCGCCCCCUCUCCCCGUGCUGCGGCUCGCACAAGAGUCCCCGAUCGAGAAUCUCGCCGAGAUUUCAAUCUCUAUUAUUCCACAGGCGACGAAGAUGAUACCUAUGUGGAAUUGACUCGUCAACGUGCGCGAUCCCGAACUACUACGCUGGAGGAUCAGCGCAGCGAGGUCUCGUCAGGCUCCUUCUUUUCUAGAACCCGGAAUCGUUUGGGUUCUAUCAACACUGCUACUCCUCAACCCAAAACACCCGAAGACCCAUCGUCAAUCGGAUUUCCGUCCAUCCAAUCUCCUACCUACCCAAGCCAGACACCGAGUCGUCAACGGUUAAGCAAGUCGCCAGGCACCUCGGCGUUCGUUACAAGCGCGCCAGCCAAUACAGGCACUCCGUCCCUGUCGAACACGGACCCUUCCAAAAUUCUCCAGCUAAUGAAAACAACAUGUGGGCGGAUGCAUGGUAUACUUUCUUUUCGCACAUCCUCCACGACCGCUUGGACCUCAGGGUACUGUGCGAUUAAUGUCGCUAUGGGAAGUCUGAUAUACCAAGCCAAGGGGGAGCCUGCCUUAGCAAAAACCCUCGUCCCGGAUCUCCGUGGGUGCCAAGUUCGUUCCCUUGUGGACCCGGAGCUGCGCACGAAUUAUCUGAGCGUGUCUACAUUUACAUCUGGGCUUGGUGUGGAGUUGCGACCACAUGUGAGCGAGACCUUCGAUUCUUGGCUUGCUGCCCUGCUAUGUUGGCAACCUAUCCGCCCCAAAGGCGUUCAAAACAAAAUGACAAAACCGCAGCCGGUUACCAUAAAUGAUCGUCGCCUCGUGGACCGCCGACGGAACUCGGAAAGCACGGUUCAGAAGGAGGCUGCCAUCAUCAAGGUGGGAAAGAUGCUUCUAUGGGAUCGUCCCAGUGCUUCUGGGGUUCGUCCCUCUUCUGGUCGCAGAAUCUCAACAUUCCGACAACAACGUGCGCUUUCCUCGGCCUGGCAGAAAGUAAGCUGUACGCUCCAGGAGAACGGCGCUUUCAAAUUAUUCACCGAAUCCGAUAUCACUCUAGUCACUUGCAUUCAAUUAUCGCAGCUCUCCCGCUGUGCGAUCCAGCAGCUAAACCCUUCGGUAUUGGAGGAUGAAUUCUGUAUUGCAAUCUAUCCGCAAUAUGCAGCACAUUCUGCAUCCGGAUUAACACGCCCGGUUUACCUUGCGCUUGAGAGUCGAGUCUUGUUUGAAGUCUGGUUUGUCCUUCUGCGUGCUUUUAGUACCCCCGAGCUCUACGGUCCGGAAAACUCGAUCGAGGACGAUUCAUUAAAGACGCCAGGCUCAAUUGAUACCAAUUCGCCAUCGGACAUGUUCAGGAUCGAGAGAUUACUGACUGUCAAAGUCACCGAGGCGAAAAUGUUCGGCAGUAAAAUCUCGGAAGAAGCCCCCAGAAGCCGGAAGCAGUCUCGCACCCAACUCACUGCGACUCCGGCAUCUGCUGUUAAUGAUUACUACACUGAGUUGCUUCUGGACGGGGAAAUCCGUGCCAAGACGGCGGUCAAAUAUCGCACUGCCAAUCCCUUUUGGCGGGAAGAAUUCACUUUUAGUGAUCUUCCGCCUGUUUUAUCUCACGCCUCUAUCAAGGUAAAAACCCUUCAUUCAGCCCAAAAGGAUUGGUCACUGGUGGCACAUGGCACCUAUUCCCUAAGCCAGGAAACAAAUGCUAUGCGCCUGUUAGACGACGUCGAAAUAACCUCACAUGACGCCACAUAUGGAAGAGUAGAUAUCAGGUUGGAUGAUCUAGAACCAGGAACAGAAACCGAAAAAUGGUGGCCGAUCUUAGAUGACAGAGAUCAAAGCGUCGGUGAGAUGCUGAUGAGGGCUCGGAUGGAGGAGACAAUUGUUCUCAUGUCCCACGAGUACGCACCGAUGUCUGAACUCCUGCAUGCUUUUGCCAACGGCCUUACCAUCAACAUGGCUCAGAUCCUAUCUUCCGAACUCAAUCAGUUGUCCGAGGCCCUCCUGAACAUCUACCAAGUCUCGGGGGCUACAGUUGAAUGGAUAUCAGCAUUGGUUGAGGAUGAGAUCGAUGGGGUUCAUAAGGAAUCAACUGCAAGUCGGCUUCGAUAUACUACGCGGAUUCAUUCCAAUGAUUCCAGAGAAUCUGCUCAGGAUCGAGAAGUUCUCGUGCGGGAUCUAGGCCGAACGGCAACCGUGGAAGCAAAUCUCCUUUUCCGAGGAAACUCCGUUCUUACCAAGGCUCUUGACUACCAUAUGCGCCGGCUUGGAAAGGAGUAUCUCGAAGAGACAAUUGGCGAGCGGCUUCGUGAAAUCGACGAAUCUGAUCCAGAAUGCGAGGUUGAUCCCGCCCGAAUACAUCGAUCGGAUGACUUCGAGCGUAACUGGAAAAACUUGGUUAGCCUUACUACCAGCGUUUGGAAAGCAAUAGCUAGUUCUGCGUCUCGAUGCCCUCCCGAGUUGAGGCUCAUUUUUCGACACAUCCGGGCCUGCGCGGAUGAUCGCUAUGGCGACUUCCUUCGUUCGGUUACCUACAGUAGUGUGUCUGGCUUCCUUUUCUUGCGAUUCUUUUGCCCUGCAAUCCUCAAUCCAAAGCUCUUCGGAUUGUUAAAAGAUCAUCCCCGUCCUCGAGCGCAACGCACUUUGACUCUAAUCGCCAAAGCAUUGCAAGGAUUGGCAAACAUGACUACUUUCGGCAGUAAGGAACCCUGGAUGGAGCCAAUGAAUAAAUUUCUCGUUGGAAAUCGGGCCGAGUUUAAACAAUUCGUGGAUUCGAUCUGUUCAAUUCCGGCCGACCGUCCAACUCCGGUCGUUACGCCGUCAUACGCGACCCCCAUCCAGAUCCUCGGCCGUCUACCUCCUCCAUCACGAGAGGGGUUUCCCAGCCUUCCUUUCCUGAUCGAUCACGCUCGAAGUUUUGCCAGUUUAAUCAAGAUAUGGCUUGCAGUUGCAUCGGAUAGGCUAGCAGAACUAGACGAAAUAGACCCUGCGGUCAAGAAAUUCCACGAGAUAGCAGGUCAUCUCCAGGAACGGACGAAAGAAUGCCUGGGCAAGGCGGAGCAAGCAGGGCGACCCAAUAACAGCCUCGAGAUAAAAUGGGAAGAGUUGGUUGACACUUUGGAACGCUCUGCGACCUUUUACGAGGAGAGCUCGUCCAAACCCGCGACGCCUGCCACCGAAGCUAUGGCGGGAACCGUGGCCUCUGUUACCGGCAGCCAUCGGAAUUCGAUAGGCUACUUCACCACACGACCGUCUCUUCCUCGCCGUUCCACCGACUAUGGUCCCGAUGGCGAUGAGGAAACUCCUCCAAGUUCGUCAUCGGCUACAUGGGACCAGAGUCGGGUGCCUUUCUCCAUACCACGGUGGUCCGAACCUCGGGACAGCACCAGCAGCUCCAAAAAUUCGUCCACUUAUUCCCUUGAGUAUCCCGAUACUGCCAGGUCUCGCAGGUCCAGUAUCACACGGGAAACUACCAGUAAAUACCGAUUCUUUGAUUUUGUUCCCGCGCCAUCCAGACGCAAGGGCAAGGAUCGAGAGACCCCUUCACAACACUCACGCGAAGAGCUUCGGAACGAAUUCUAAACCGCUCAUAACCCUUGAUUGCGGGAUUCGCCGGCGGAUAUGAUAGCAGACACCCAAUCAUGGGCUUUCCCUCUUAAGGUUUCUACCAUGACUCGAGAUUUACCUAGAAUCCCCUUGGUUACAUUUGAUUUUGAUUGAAGCAAAGACAAGAAUGGGUUAAAUAAUCCAUAUUAGAACAGGCAUUGGGCUGUUGCUUUGUAUAACAUGAGGGUUUUGGACUGACAAAAUCCUGCAUCUUUUG